GGAGUGCAAAACAAAAAAAGAGGCAAAACCUGCCUUUCCCUCCCCUUCCCCCCAACCUGGAUCCUCCUGUAGAGUAUGUGCAGGUCCCCCGGGGUGUCUCGUUCAAUAUCUAUAGGUGGAGGUGAUUCAAGGUGUAGGGUGUUAUCUUUUUGGGUUCUUUUUUCACUUUGGGGGUAAGGUGAAAGUUUAUUUUUUUUGUAUAUAGGCGUACAAUUAGGACUUUUAUUUUUUAAAAGAUUAAAAAAAGACAAAAAAAAAAAACCAUGACUGCAGCUUCCCCGGAUUACCUGGUGAUUUUGUUCACUACUACUGCUGGUGCUAAUGGGAGUAAAUUGGGCUCUGAUGAGAAAGAAGUGAUCCAGCUGUUGUGGAAAGUGAUAGAUCUGGCCAACAAAAAGGCUGGGAAACUCCAUGAAGUCAAAGUCAGACCCGAUCACCUGGAGCUGACAGAAGAGUGCAAGGAGGCCAAGAUCGAGCCAGAAAGCCUAUAUGCGGCCCCCCAGCUUGAUCAGGCUUUGCAGCAGUUUAAUCAGUCUGUUGGUAAUGAGCUGAACAUCGGAGUGGGCACUUCAUUUUGUUUGGCUACCGAUGGACAACUCCACAUCAGACAAGUGCUGCAUCCUGAAGCCUCCAAAAAGAACAUCAUGCUUCCUGAAUGCUUCUACUCCUUCUUUGACCUUAAAAAAGAAUUCAAGAAGUGCCUACCUGGGUCGGGUGACAUAAGCGAGCUGGACGUGGCGGCAAUGAGGAGUUACCUGGGUCUUGAAAACCAAAGCAAGCAGCAGCCCUAUGGAAUUUCCGAGGUGGAAGACAUGGGAGACAUAAUUGUGACGCUCAUUUCAGAACCGUACAAUCACAGGUUUUCAGAUCCUGAGCGUGUAAACUACAAGUUUGAAUCUGGUACAUGCAGUAAGCUGGAGGUGAUUGAUGAUAACACAAUUAUUAGAGCAAGAGGGUUGCCUUGGCAGUCAUCCGAUCAGGACAUUGCCCGAUUCUUCAAAGGCCUAAACAUCGCAAAAGGGGGCGCUGCUCUCUGCCUGAACGCUCAGGGCCGCAGGAACGGGGAGGCUCUCGUUCGGUUUGUAAGCGAGGAGCACAGAGAUCUGGCUUUGCAGAGACACAAGCACCACAUGGGGAACAGAUAUAUAGAGGUAUAUAAAGCAACUGGAGAAGAUUUUCUGAAAAUCGCUGGAGGUACUUCCAAUGAGGUGGCUCUGUUCCUGUCUAAAGAGAACCAGGUGAUAGUGCGCAUGCGUGGAUUGCCCUUCACGGCCACGGCUGAAGAAGUGUUGACGUUUUUUGGACAGCAUUGUCCGGUUACCGGAGGAAAGGAGGGGAUAUUGUUUGUUACGUAUCCUGAUGGCAGGCCAACAGGAGAUGCUUUUGUGCUUUUUUCCUGCGAGGAAUAUGCUCAGAAUGCUUUGAAAAAGCACAAGGACUUGCUGGGCAAGCGGUAUAUUGAGCUCUUCAGGAGUACAGCGGCAGAAGUGCAGCAGGUUUUGAACAGAUAUUCCUCUGCGCCACUCAUCCCACUUCAAACACCACCUAUAAUCCCCGUACUACCUCAGCCAUUUAUUCCUCCAGUCAACAUCAGAGAUUGUAUCCGGCUCAGAGGCCUUCCGUAUGCUGCUACCAUCGAGGAUAUCUUGGAGUUCUUGGGUGAAUUCUCUGCUGACAUCCGGACGCACGGAGUCCACAUGGUGCUGAACCAUCAAGGCCGACCAUCAGGAGAUUCCUUUAUCCAGAUGAAGUCUGCAGAGCGAGCUUUUCUGGCCGCACAGAAGUGUCAUAAGAAGACCAUGAAGGACAGAUAUGUGGAGGUGUUUCAGUGUUCUGCUGAGGAGAUGAACUUUGUCUUAAUGGGGGGAACUUUAAAUCGCAAUGGCUUGUCCCCGCCGCCAUGUAAGUUACCAUGCUUGUCUCCCCCAUCCUACACGUUCCCAGCACCCGCAGCGGUUAUCCCCUCGGAAGCGGCCGCCCUGUAUCAGCCCUCCCUGCUCCUGAAUCCGCGAGGACUGCAGCCGUCUGCAGCUUAUUACCCGGCUGGGGCUCAGCUCUUCAUGAACUACACUGCGUACUACCCCAGCCCCCCCGGAUCUCCGAGUAGCAUUGGUUUCUUCCCAGCGACCGCCAACACCAGCACUAUACCCCCUCCGGCAGGCGCUGCAGUGGUGCGCAUGCAAGGGCUGGCGUACAACUCUGGGGUCAAAGAGAUUUUGAACUUCUUUCAAGGCUAUCAGUAUGCCCCUGAAGAUGGACUCCUGCAAGUAAAUGACCAGGCGAGGGCUCUGCUUACUCACCCCAAGGAAUGGGUGUGUAUUUAGGGGUCCUGCCAGUACUUGGGAUGAUAAGGUUCAUCAGGACUGAUUCACUGUAGCUUUUUGACUUGCCAAACCCCCCCCUAAACCCAUCCUGGCUUCUGAAGUCGGCCCAUCGGGGUAGGAUGGACCUUUUUGAAAACCACUAUCGGCAUGAGAAGCUUGUAGUACUUCUGAACGUUACCGGUUGGGAGCUGCCAGUCAACAGGGAUCAGUUAACUGGACAUACCUUUCAGUGUGCAGCCUGGGUGAUCCCAAAGAUUGAAUCUGUCAAUCAAAACUCAGCACAGCUUUUUUUUUUUUUCUUUGUCUUUUUUUUUCAGGCAAACCCAGAUGACUUGUAAUCUGUUUGUACAAUUGACUAAGCGUUGGAUUGUGCACCGUGUGCCUGCACCUGGUUCCACCGAUCCAGCUGAAAAAUAUGAUGAAAUGUUAAGUACUUCUUGAAUUGCGAUAAAAUGCAUAAAAGGUAUAUAAUAAAAGUUUAUUUUUGAGUAUCCCUGUUAAUCCUUUUCACUGCUGCAUCAAGUGUGUUAAUACAGCUGGUGACUUUUUUGUAACUUUUUUUCCUGCCAAACCAGUGAAUUCAGAGUUUGGACCGGACCGCUCUUUUGUAAGCGUUACUUUAAAUGUCAGCGUAAAACAGAGUGUUCCACGCAUUCAUGUUUCUUUUUUUUUUCUUGGUUUUUGUCUCUUUGGCAGCAAACACUUUUCGUUUUUAUUGUUUUGUUUAACUCUUAAAUUGUAUUUGUUACCAAACUAACCUCUUCCUCUUCCCUGCUCCACGUCCCAUCUCCUUUCAUUUAUUAAAAUAAAACUAGAAAAAGUUAUAGAAGCCUAAGAUUAGUACUACCAGUGAGUCUUAUCCAACUCACGAUAAUGCACUCUGUUUUGUUGUUUUUUUUUUGUUGUUGUACAUCGUAUACUUGUUACAUUCUUUUAUGUAUUAUGUGUAUAUAUUAACAGUAGCUUUUGAACAGAUUACGUUUGUGUAAUGAAACUACUGCCUACAAAUGGACUAGUAAAUUCUAUUAAUUAGUGCUAUUAAUUGUUGGUUAUUUACGUGGAUUCAGAUCUUUGCUUUCUAAGAGACCUUAAUGCACGCUAAUACUGCAAUGUAUUUUUAUCGGAAUUUACCUGCUAAAUACUCAUGGAUCAUAUACUCAUCUCUGUGUAAUGUUUGAUUUAUUUUCCCUUUUUUUUUUUUUUUUUAACCAGAAUUUUUUUUUUCUCGUCAAUGAAAUGCGACUAAACUAUUUUGUGCUAUUAAGCAAAAAUGAAUUGGUAAAAAUAAUAAAUAAAAUAAAAACAUAAA